AUGUCAGAUUCAGAAUUGAUGCAGGGCCUUCUGCCCGAAAAGGACGCCUCCACAACAAACAACGAGGACGUGCCUAGCGAAAAACAGCUGCUAUACAAUAUGGACAUCGACAGCCUUCCUGACCAGGAACUCAAUGAUCAAGAUAUCGACAUGAAUCUGGAAUUGCCUGAUGUAGAUGGAGAUGACGAGUUCCUAGCUCCCACGUCCCCAGCGUCAAAUAAAUCGGACGACCUAUUGGGGCUUGAACUGGACCAUCAGCUAGACGGCAAUGAUGCUGUUCUCGCGGAUGACGCCAAUGAUGCUUUGAACGAUCCUGUUUUGGAUGACAACAUAGAUGUAGAUGAGCCAUUGCCUGAGAUACCCGAUCACACUGAUUUGAAAGAUCUUGAAACCAACGAUGACAUCUUUGGAGAUGUGGAAGACUCUCGUGAUUCUUCCGCGCCAAACCUUCCAAGCGAAAAAACAACUCCAGCGCCAGAAGACACUGAGGAGAAGAAGUCAGUGAAGACAGAAGCCAAAUCCACCACUUCCGAAGACAUCGAGCCUAGCCAACCUGAAGACUUAGACAAUUACGAAAGUUCAGUGCUACAUACUGAUAGUGAAGACAGCGACAUCGAGAAGGUGCACAAGAAUGACGAGUCCAAAACCUCCUCAAAGUCAUCAGAUUCUCAUGGCCAUGGCAACAAACGUCGUAUACUGACUUCUCCUGAGCCCCUAGAUGUCGUCAAGAGUGAACACAACGAUAAUCCCAACAUCGAGCCAGAGGCCGAGCAAGAGCCUCGAAUAGAACCCGCCCGUCUCCCCAAGCAAGAGAUUAUAGACAAUGAUGACAAGACGCGUGUUCGUCAAACACAUGCCAUUGUUAUCCCAUCAUAUGCAUCCUGGUUCAACAUCAAUAAGAUCCAUCAAAUUGAGCGCGACUCGUUGCCUGAAUUUUUCAAGACUUCGCACCCAUCCAAGUCUCCCAAAAUUUAUGCAAACUAUAGAAAUUUCAUGGUGAAUGCCUACAGACUAAAUCCAAACGAGUACCUCACUUUAACCGCAUGCCGCAGAACCUUAGUUGGUGAUGUAAGCACGCUUAUGAGAGUUCACAGAUUCCUCAAUAGAUGGGGUCUCAUCAACUACCAAGUGAACCCACUGUUCAAACCCGCAUACGCAUUAGAAAAGUUGCCCAAUGGUUCUCUGGUAGGCUUGCCAAAUUGUGGUGACUUCAAUGUUCUGUUGGACACUCCUAGGGGAUUAUUUCCAUUCAAUACCUACAAGCCUUCUCCAGGAAAUGUCAACGUGGAAAAAUUAAAGCAGCUUGUUAACGCAGACAGCAAGAAUGCAGCCAACGGUGUUGUUUCCGCGCAAAGUGAUGACAUCGCUGAUUCAGAACCUCCACAGAAGAAGCAAAAGACCGAAACUGGCGACUGGUCGCCAAAGGAACUCGCUUCUUUGCUCCUUGGAAUUAAGGAGCAUAAGCAUGACUGGUUUAUGGUUGCGAAAAGUGUCGGAAAUAAUCGCACCCCACAAGAAUGCAUUUUAAAGUUCUUGAGCAUACCAAUCGAGGACAAAUACAACAAAUUGGAGGACAAAGACUUGGGAAUCUUGAAAUUCGCACCUAACUUUCCCGUUUUGUCUGCCGACAACCCUGUGAUUAGUAACUUGAUUUUUAUCACCAAUUUUGUCGACGCAGAUGUGGUUAAAGCAGCUUGUGCAAAGGCCACGAAAGUCAUGGACUCCAAAAUAUAUGAGAAAAUCGAGGAGGCUUUUGGGGAAAAGACCAAAGAUGAGAAGAAAAAUGAUGGAGAUGCUGCUGCCAAAUCUUCCACAGAGAGCAAUGGAAAGGUGCCUGAUGAGUUGGGUGACAUCUUGAAAGACGAAUUUGCCGAGGAUGAGCGUGAAAACAUGGAUGUUAUCCGUGAUGCAGCAACUGGCUCGCUCGGGUCUGUAGCUGCUCGGAGUCAUUUAUUUGCUACAUACGAGGAACGCGAGAUGCAGAAGAUCACACAAACCAUCAUCAACCAACAAUUGAACAAGUUAGAAGUGAAGAUGAACAAGGCGAAGACUCUCGAGAAAGCGUGCGAAAAGGAGAGAAGAAACUUGGAGCAGCAACAGAGCGAGGUAUUCAUGGACCGGCUUGCUUUGACAAAGUCUACUAUCAGUGUCUCCAAAAAAUUACAAAAGGCGGUCGAAAUCCUCAAGUCUGCACAGGAUAAGGACAAGGCUACCGAUGCUGAGGAGAGCGCCAAGUCGAUAUCUACACUUUUGGAAGACAUCAACGCAUUGCUUUCCAGACCCAUUUCAUACUCUUUGACAGAGAAUCAAGAGCUGAAGCCAGCAGACAAGACAUUGGUGGAGGAGGCUGCCACGCGCGACCUGCUUUCGGAGGCUUCCAGCAAGCCUUUAUCUGUUGUAGCUCCUCAGAGCUUCAAGGUCUGGGUUCCAUGA